AUGCCCGGCCCGGUGUCUGCAGAACCAAGCCCGUACCGGUGCCGUACCGGUCCGUACCGACCCCCGGGCUGCACCGCACCGCUCCGGGGUCGCGCGUCCCUCCCCUACCCCUCCACCCCCCCUUUGCCGGUGCGGAGCCGCUGCCGGAGCCGCCUCCGCCGGGGCCGAGCCACCCUCCGCCAGCACCGCCCCCGGGCUAUAUAUCCCCGCCGCAUCCCUCCUCUCCCGCUCCCGCUCCCCAUGGCUGCAUCACCGGCGGCACCGGCAUCCCGGAGCCCCGCCCGCGGCGACGCGCAGCGCCCGUCCCGCGGCGGCCCCGGCGGCCCCGAGGCGGGCACGGAGAGCGGCGGCGGCGGCGGCAGCAGCAGCCCCGGCGCGGUGGAGCUGGCGGCGGCCCGGCGGCGGCUGGUGGCGGCGGAGGGGCGGCGGCGGGCGGCGGCGGAGCUGGAGGGGCGCGUGUGGCAAGUGCACUGCGCCCUGCGGCACGCAGAGCUCCGCCUGGCCGCCCGGGCAGAGACCCUGGGCCGGCUGGGGGCCGGCGUGGCACAGGCACAGCUGGCGCUGGCGGCCCAGAGCCAGCGGCUGCAGAAGGGGCUCCGCCGCCGCCCGCGCCCCCGGCCCGCCGCGCUCCUCGCCGCCGCCCGCGCCCUCCGCAGCUGCGUGCCCUGGGCACCGUCCCGGGCACGGGGGGCGGCCGCGGGGACCCCCGUUCGCCGGCUGCCGGCGGCGCCCCGCGGGUCCGCGUAG